AUGACUGACAAUAUUGAAAAGAAUGAAUCUAUUCAAAGCUAUAUGAAUUAUUCAGAACAAAGAUUAAUGAAUGAAGACUCUUUUUUAAAAUAGAAAUAAACAUAAGAGGAAGAUCCUUAAGCAUUUGAAUAAUCUGAAACUCAGUAAGUUAUCAUUUAUGAUUAAGGUCAUAAAAUAAAUAGAUUGAUCCAAUGUUAUAACAAAAUGAUGAAGAAUAAGAAUAAGAGAUUUAACCUAUUGAAUUGAAUCCAUUAUAAAUAUUUGAAUCUAAGAAAAUGGAAAUUAUAUAAAAUUGUUAAAAAAACAAAACUCUAUACACAGAUCCAGAUUUUCCAAUUAAUAAUAGUAGUCUAUAUAAGGAUCCUUAAAAACCUCCAGAAUUUGCAAAAGAUAUAAAAUCUGUUAAAUGGGUGAGACCACAUGAAAUUUCUAAAGAUGCUAAAUUCGUUAUUGAUUUUGAAGGAGAUUAUAAAUAAGGAGCUUUUGGAGAAUCCUGGUUUGUAGGAGCAGUUGUCAUAGUAGGAUAAAUGAAAAAAUACAAUGAGAAAUAAAAUAAAUAAACUUAAUAGUUAUCUUAACAAUAAAUAUCUUAACUUGAAAAAUUAAUUUUAGAUUAUGAUUAAUUUGAUGAUUGUGGUUUUGUAGCAUUUCAAUUCUUUAAAAAUGGAGAAUGGAAAUAAGUUAUUGUUGAUACACUUUUACCUUUUGAUUAAGAUAGUAAAUAAAUAUUAUUUACUUAAUGUGCAAAUCCAUCUGAAUUUUGGUUACCAUUAAUGGAAAAAGCAUAUUGUAAAUUACAUGGAAAUUAUGAAACUAUAUGUGAUGGACAUAUUGGAGAAGGAUUGGUUGAUUUAACAGGAGGUAUAGCUGAAAUUAAUUCAUUAAGAGAUCCAUAAUUAAGUAAAAUGAUAGAAAAUGAUUAAUUAUGGUAAGUAUUAUUGUAAACACAUAAAUUAUAAUUUUUUAUGGGAUGUAUGAAUCAUAAUGAAACUAAAGGAACAAAAAAUGCUGAUACAGGUACUCAUGGAAUAUUAGAAAAUCAUCAUUAUGGUAUUGUAGAUGUAAGAGAAUUUCCAAAAGAAAAAUUAAGAUUAAUGAGAAUAAGAAAUGUUUGGGGACCAGAAGGUGGAUGGAAUGGAGCAUUUUCUGAUGAUUCUGAAGAAUGGGAUAAACAUAGAAAUUUACNUGUUUAUUAUUUAAUUAGAGAAAAGUCUCAUGUUGUAAUUUUAUUAGUUUUUGAAUUAUAUAAAAUAUAUUAAUAAAUAAAAAUAAAAAUGACUGACAAUAUUGAAAAGAAUGAAUCUAUUCAAAGCUAUAUGAAUUAUUCAGAACAAAGAUUAAUGAAUGAAGACUCUUUUUUAAAAUAGAAAUAAACAUAAGAGGAAGAUCCUUAAGCAUUUGAAUAAUCUGAAACUCAGUAAGUUAUCAUUUAUGAUUAAGGUCAUAAAAUAAAUAGAUUGAUCCAAUGUUAUAACAAAAUGAUGAAGAAUAAGAAUAAGAGAUUUAACCUAUUGAAUUGAAUCCAUUAUAAAUAUUUGAAUCUAAGAAAAUGGAAAUUAUAUAAAAUUGUUAAAAAAACAAAACUCUAUACACAGAUCCAGAUUUUCCAAUUAAUAAUAGUAGUCUAUAUAAGGAUCCUUAAAAACCUCCAGAAUUUGCAAAAGAUAUAAAAUCUGUUAAAUGGGUGAGACCACAUGAAAUUUCUAAAGAUGCUAAAUUCGUUAUUGAUUUUGAAGGAGAUUAUAAAUAAGGAGCUUUUGGAGAAUCCUGGUUUGUAGGAGCAGUUGUCAUAGUAGGAUAAAUGAAAAAAUACAAUGAGAAAUAAAAUAAAUAAACUUAAUAGUUAUCUUAACAAUAAAUAUCUUAACUUGAAAAAUUAAUUUUAGAUUAUGAUUAAUUUGAUGAUUGUGGUUUUGUAGCAUUUCAAUUCUUUAAAAAUGGAGAAUGGAAAUAAGUUAUUGUUGAUACACUUUUACCUUUUGAUUAAGAUAGUAAAUAAAUAUUAUUUACUUAAUGUGCAAAUCCAUCUGAAUUUUGGUUACCAUUAAUGGAAAAAGCAUAUUGUAAAUUACAUGGAAAUUAUGAAACUAUAUGUGAUGGACAUAUUGGAGAAGGAUUGGUUGAUUUAACAGGAGGUAUAGCUGAAAUUAAUUCAUUAAGAGAUCCAUAAUUAAGUAAAAUGAUAGAAAAUGAUUAAUUAUGGUAAGUAUUAUUGUAAACACAUAAAUUAUAAUUUUUUAUGGGAUGUAUGAAUCAUAAUGAAACUAAAGGAACAAAAAAUGCUGAUACAGGUACUCAUGGAAUAUUAGAAAAUCAUCAUUAUGGUAUUGUAGAUGUAAGAGAAUUUCCAAAAGAAAAAUUAAGAUUAAUGAGAAUAAGAAAUGUUUGGGGACCAGAAGGUGGAUGGAAUGGAGCAUUUUCUGAUGAUUCUGAAGAAUGGGAUAAACAUAGAAAUUUACGAGAAGAAUUAAAAUUAGUAUUUAAAUCAAAAAAAAGUGAUGGAACAUGGUGGAUGUCAUAUUAAGAUUGGCAUUAACAUUUUAAUAAAUUUUAUAUUUGUAAAGUAUUCCCAGAAAGUUGGUAAUAAUAUGCAAUCCAAGGAAAUUGGUUUGGAAAAACAUUAGGAGGAGUAUGUCCUUUAAAAAUGCCAUCUGAAGGCUUACCAGAUUAUGUAUAAGUAGAUACUGAUGAAAAAUGGUUUAAUAAUCCUUAAUAUAAAAUUAAAGUACAUAAAGAGACUAAAUUAUAUUUAUCAUUAAUGUUAGAAGAUGAAAAAAUAACAUAAUAACCUUAUGUAGCUUGUAAUUUAAUGGUCAUAGCUAAUAAAGCAAGAUUGAGUAGAAUUUGGGAAAGACCACCAAAUUAAGAUAUAGUUAUUGAUAUGAAUCCUAAAGGAGAUAUAUAAGCUUAAAGAGAAAUUACUUAAUAUUUGAUUCUAAAAAACUUUGAAGGUAAAACCUUUGGUAAUUAUAUGGUUGUUCCUAAUAUGAUUGUAAAUGAAACUAGAAAAGAAGAGAAAAGAAAUUUCAUCUUAAGAAUAUUUAGUUCUGAUAAAAUUGAUGUAGCUGAAAUGCCAGAAACAUUAGAAAUACAAUAAGAAGGUAGUUGGAAUGAAACUUCUGCUGGUGGUAAAAGGAAAUAUGAUAAUGGUAAAGAAAAUCCUAAUUGGUGUAAAAAUCCUCAAUAUUUCUUGAAUUUAUCUGUUAGCACUCAUUUAAAGAUUAUAUUAAGAAGAUAGGGAUAAGUUAAAAGAGCUAAAGGUACUAAGAUUGGAAUGACAAUUUGUAGAUUUGAUAAGGCACCUACAAAUUCAUUAAAUAUCAUCAAAUAAUAAAAAGGAGGAGGAACAAGUAAUAUCAUUUUAUUUAUUCUUAUUAGAUUUAGUAAGGCUUUUAAAAUAGACUUAAUAACAAUUAGAAGCUCCUAAAAUGAUUGGAAUUCAAAGAAAACUUUUAAUAGGGUCUAAUGAAAAAUUUAAAUAAUCUACAUACUUUAAUGAAGAUGUGGCAGCCUUAUAUUUCCAUUUCAAUCCAACAGAAGGGCCUUUCAUUAUAAUUCCAUCAUUAGAUUAAGAGGAUCGUUCUGCCAAUUAUAAAUUAACUAGUAAAUAUAUUAUUUCAACUUUCUAGUUUAUUCUAAUUAGGAAGUUGAAUUAACAAAAUUAGAUGAAACCAAGAAUUAAGUUCAUAUAGGAAAAUGGGAAUAAGAUAUAUCAGAUGGAGGUUGUCAUCUGUAUGAAGAUCCUUAUGAAAAGGAUACUAGUAAAAGAACAUGGACAAUGAAUCCUAAAUAUUCCUUAUAGUUUUUUGAGCCUAUUCAUAUAACUAUUACACUUUGUAUAGCAGAAAAGAAUUGGAAAUCAAAAACAAAGAAUACUGUUGGAGGUAUGAUUGGAGUCUAUUUGAUUGAAAAAUCAGAAAAUAAAAUAACAACAUAAUAGAUUGUGAGAGUUCCUAAUUUCUUACCAAUUAAUGAAAUUCAAGAAGAAUUUGAUUUGUAACCAACUAAGAAUGGUUAUUAUAUUAUGCCAACAACAUAUCAAUCUAAAAUACAUGGAUAAUUUAUUUUAGCAGUUUAAGGAGAUAAAGAAUUUACAUUACAAGCAUUAAAAUGA